AACCGGUAUCACCGAGUGACAUUUGCAUGGAAAAUGUCGGUGAUAGCAGAGAGUACUUCGUACUAUAAAAGAUGGAGGCGAUAGAGAUGACUUCGCUAGUAAGAUUUUGUACCCGCUAUCUGGAAAUUCGCAAGUCGAGAAUUGCGUCAUGUAUUUUCGCACAAUUUGCAUAUUAAGCUUAAUGGCCAUAGCGUUAGCUGCGGAUCAACCAAUCGCCAUUAUCAGACAAAACCAAGAUAUCAGCCCGGAUGGUACUUUUCACUCGAAAUGGGAAAGCGCUAAUGGCAUCACUUUCGAGGAAGAGGGUGUCUUGAAGAAUCGUGGGCAGAAGGAUGCGGAAGCUGAGGAAGUUCAUGGAUCAGCCUCGUGGACGGCUCCAGAUGGAACGAGGAUCAACGUUGACUGGUUGGCCAACGAAAAUGGCGCCACUUUUCAAGGGGCGCAUCUGCCAACUCCUCCACCCACGCAACCGGUGCCAGUCCUCAUUCAACGCGCUCUUGACUGGAUAGCUGCUAAUCCAGAGAAGAAUAGAUUGUAGUUUCCUACAUUUCAUGAUACUACAUUUUAUGACGUGAAAAAAUUAGUCGAGAGUUCGUAUUUCUUCUUUAUAGAAAGUCUAUUUAUUCGAGAGAAGAAGUUGGUUCUACGAAAUGAAGAGAUUUUAUCGAAAUAUUAUUGUCGUAUCACGAAUAAAUUAAAUUAUUACACGAGAGAUGCAAGUAUUGUGAAUUUUAUAUAAGUUAUAUUUGAGUAUCGUAAUUUUGUAAAAAUCAAGAUACAAUAAAUUUAAAUAUGUUUGUAUUAAUGAA